AUGUCUCUACCGUCCCGCGUAGUGCGGAAAGUGCGACGGAACGACGCCGAUGGUUCCCCCGCUGCCCACGAAAGCAUUCUUACCGUCACCGCCAUUCCAAACGAUGGCCAACCAUCCGACGAAACAGCCUGGAUUGUUUCCGUCGCAAACAGUCACGCAGUGUAUCAAUCCACCUUUACACAAGGGGAAAUCGGCAGGGAAGUUCAGGCGAAAGAAGAAGAUGGUGCGGUGAACGCCUGGUUGUCGUAUUUAGCUGGAGCCGGACAAACGGAUCAGACAGAGCUGACUGUGAGCGAGACUCAAAAUGCCAGCGAGAUCAAGAUGAACGAAACUGCAGAUGGAUUGUCGAUUCAGAUACUACAGAGCAGCAAGUCCGGUCUGAUACGGAAGUUGUGGGGAGGAACUUUGGAGAAAAACCACACUCGUUCUGCUUUUGACGUAUCCUUGACUUUGGUUGAUGUGGUAUCUGAAGAACAAGCUCGGUGCGCCACCCUCCAACGAAAGCUGGAACGGAUGCAAAGUGGUUUGUAUGGAUGGAAAGAUACGGCACAAAAGCUCGAAGGGGAAUGGGAUCACGAGAAAAAUGAGCUUUUGGGGAACUUUCUUACCCUCUACAACGAAAAGCACAACCAGGUGAAAGACCUGCAACGCCGAAUUGAUGAGCUUGCAUCUGAGGUGGAAAAAGCUCGAGCGGCAGCUGGGUCCAGUGGCGGGAGCUCGAAUACGCGGUUGGGAGGCGUCAUCGACGAUCAAGAUUGCGAGCAGUACAAUUCCGCCAGACUGGCCAAUUCGGCAGUGGGUCGCAAGACAACCGCCAAACGGAAACGAACCAUAUCAGCUCCUGCCAAGAAAAAGCCAACCCCAGUAACCACGCUUUCAAGCCGACGAACAAAGCAUCGCACGGGAGCUAUUAAAUACUACGAUAGUGAUCUACAAUCAAAUGACACCAAACAAAGCAUUGCACAAAAGCAACCAGAGAACAGCGAAAGGUUGACCGUUCCCGACUCGAAUAAAGAAUUAGCGCAGCAGAAAGACGACAAUCAGCUUCCAAACACAAAGAAACCUAAGCGCAAGGACUCGUGGAGUUCAAGUUCCGAUGAGAGCAAAGCUCAAAAGCAUGUUGUCGAAAGACCUGCUGCGAAUGCAAAGGUAGGAAGAGAAGACAUGUCUUCUUCGGACAAAUCCUAUACAGCCAAUAAACCUGCCGCGAGUCGCUCAAAUAUCAGUCCGACAAGCAAAGCUAGCAGAUCGGUCCCCGGCCCUUCGACUGAUACACUUAUCGACCCAGGGUUUCGGUCGAGCCUUGAGGCUCAGCUAGCGGCAAUGCGGGCGGAGGAGGAGGACGACGACGAAAGUGCCCAGCGGGAGUAG